AUGGGUGGUUUACGUAGGAAGAUUUCCUUGAUUACGUUAUGGAUAUAUAUCGUUAUUUCAUUUUCCAUUGUAAACGGUAUUACUUUGAGACAUAAUUAUGGUGUUCCUGACUCUGUCAGAAUCCUCUCCGCCUUAAAACAUGUAUUAAGGUAUGAUGACUCGAGAAUACGUAUACUGAAUGAAUUGUAUCCCUUUGUGACAGGUUUGGAUGCUCUGGAUCUGGUUGAUGAUGCAUUCGCAUUGGGAUUAGAGAUUGAUGAAUUACCUGGAAAUAUAGCGAUUUCCGAAUUACUGAAUAAAAUGUAUAAAAAAAAAGAUUUAGCUAAUAUGUUUGAAAUGUAUUACAAUUUGUAUCCCAUGGGUGUUGCUGCUGAUUUCUCGGCGUCCUCGUUAACGACAACAUUGAAUGGAUCAAAUUAUUUCAUACUGAAUGGUAAAAUAUACAGUGAACCUGAUGAUGUUUUCUAUUUGAAAUCGAAGGACUUAUCAAGUCAAGCAAAUGUUCCAGAUAGAGAUAUAAUCGAACACCCUACAGAAUUGAUCAUAGGUACGAAGAAGGAUGCACCUUUAAUCAUUCUAUAUGGUUGCCCAAUGGGGGAACAGUUUGAAGAUUUCCAUAGAAAUCUAUACGCUGAAGCUGUUCACGGUGAUGGAAAGUUUAGAUUUCUUUGGAGAUCUACUUGUAAAAUAAAUACUUCAGCUGAAUUAAAAAAUGAAUUUCCAUUAGCUUUAUCCCUAAAAGAUGAUUCGGAUUUGAAGCUUCUACUAGACAAUCCUCAUUUCUCAUUAAAUACACCUGAAUAUUUUACUUCCCCUGAUGGUAAAUUGUUGCAAUUCUCAAAGAAAGAUCUGGAAAAAAUAGAUUUAAAGGUUACUUCGUUAAUCGCAAACCAUUACUAUACUACGAAAAAUGUAUCUGAUACAUUAUCAUAUGCUAGUUCAAUAAUUAAUAAUUUCCCAUUAUAUGCGUCACAAUUAGUAAAAAUGGAUUUACACACCAAGGAAGAAGAGAAAAUACUCUCAUAUAUCAAAGAUUUAGCUAAGAAGGGUAUUGAUUAUAACCUCUUAGGUUUAUUUAUAAACGGUCAGCAUUUAAAGCUUUCAACUUUGAACGAAUAUACAUUAUUGAACAAAAUUGACCAAGAAUAUAACAGUUUACAGCAAUUAUCCAAAGCAAUCGAAUCAAUUGAUUCGAAAUACCCAAUGAAGAAUGCUAAACUUUUAUUGAAUGAAUUUUCAACAGUUUCGUUGCCUCAUUUACAAGCCUCACAACCUAUCAAAAUUGAUUUCCAUAGAAUUCCAGGUUUCUCAAAUACAGUAAUAUAUUUCAACGAUAUUGCUAAUGAUGAACAGUAUGAUGAAUUGAGUAAAGAUGUUUCGGUGUUUUUCGAAAAAUCGAAGUUUGGUGAAUUACCUGAAUACAAACAGAAUUGGAACGAAGUCAUCUUUGUAAUUGAUUUUAAUAAAUUUGAUGAUCCCAACAAUAGGGCUGCACUUGCAGGAUUAACCCGCGCACUUACAAUUAUAAGUCAAGGUUAUCCUCAAAGAAUUGGGUUAUUACCAUUCAACUCUGAGCAUAAUUUUAAAUCGGACUCAAUAAACGUACAGGAUGAUGAAAGUGAAACGGCCAAGAUUAUUAAUAAGAUAUACGAUUUGAAACGUUAUGAUAUUGCUGAACUACCAAACUUCUUAGAGAUGUUACAAGAAAAGGGAAGAAAUUUGAAAUUUAAGGAUCCCACAUUAGCUUCUGUUAUGAAAAUGCCUAAUUAUGCUAAACAAGUAGGUGAUUUGCAAAUAUAUGAGACAAGUUUGAUUGUUAAUGGUGAAGUAUACCCUUUUAGGACGAAUACAUGGAAUUAUUUAAUAUCCAACAUUAUGAAGAAGGAUGCUGCAUUUAUCAGACAGCAACUAAAUGCUCAAUCUUCAAGACGGGAUAAAGGUAGUUCAGGGUUCGUCGACGUGAGAGGUAUUCUCCACAUGAAAUCAGCUAAUAGUAGGCACCUUAAAUAUAUGCCUGAAUAUUAUGGUGAUGCUUUAUAUUCUUCUGAAAAUUUGGAGGUUCUCAACAACAUCAAUCAGGAAAGAAUGGUCACAUAUACAUUUGACUACGAUUACAACGUAUUGCAUACUGUAACAGUUGUCGAUGAUUUUGACAAAAAGAAUACUGUACGCAGAAUAUACAACCUUCUUAGGAUGAAGUUUAAAGGGGUAAGAAUUAGAUUAAUUCAUACUGGUGACCUAAAAUCUACCGAAUGGAAAAAAAUCAAAAAACUGUCCUCUAAGGAGCCAGUCUUGGAACUACUGAAAAAGAUACUCAAGACUAAGACCGAAAAGAAAUCAACCAAUCUUGAGCCUAAGCUUGUCAGUAAUAUUGAUAUUAAUAUCUUAAAAAGAUGGUUACCUCAAAUUCCGACCUUAUAUCUGGACAAAAGAUCCUUUUUUGUCGUUAAUGGUAGAUUUAUUCAGUUCGAGGAAGGAGAAGUUAUAACUAAAAUGGAAUUUGAUGACUUGAUUCAAAAGGAGGCUGUCAGAACGCUUGAUUCUAUUGCUUCCUUGGAAAAAGUAUUCCAAUCAUUUUCUGAUUCCCCAAUAAAUGCAGACUCUGUCGAAAUUAUAUCCUCUAUUUUAACAAAAAUGUACUAUCAUUCGAAACAGUUGGAUGAGUACGGGAUUGAGUACACUACUGAAACAGUUUUGCCUAGGAUGGAGUUAUCACAUUUCUUCAAAGAAAACGACUUUACAAUAUUCGGUUCUCCAUAUAUCAACACAAACGUUAUUGAACUUUUAUUAAUAGUGGAUCCAUUGGAAGAGAGAAGCCAGAAAUUAAUCAAUUUGGUGUCGAAGUUUGAACAGUUUAACUUUAUCAGAAUAAAGAUUGUUUUAUUUCCAACUGAAAAGUUAACAAUCGUUCCGAUCGAAAGAAUAUAUGUUACCAAUCCAGUCGAUUCUGGAUUUGUUGAUGAUAAAAUAUCGAAGUCAUUUGAUGUUGAUGUAGAUGCCCCAAGGAUUCUUUCUUUGACAGAAACAAAUAAUAUUCAUGAAAUUCUUCUCGAUGUUCAUGUGUUCGACGAAAAGAAUACUAUAUCAGAGGGAACUGUAGAUGGUGUUGGUGGCGUAUCUUUAGAACUUAUUGACUCAAAUGGUGAUGUCAUUGAUAAUACAAUAACCAUGAAAACGUUUGGUUACGGUCAAUUCCAUUUUCCUACAUUAGGGAAGAACUUUACUGUUAGGAUAAGCCCUGAUGACUCAAGUUACGAAAUUAUUGGCAUAUCACCAUACGGUUUCUCUGAUUUCAAGACUAUUCCACAGAUUGAGGUUCUAGAUUUUUCAUCUCGUAAAUUAUUUAUCAAAGUUAAGAAAUCGAGUGAAACAAAUAUUGAAAAUAUUGAAGAUAAGAACGUCAACAUCUUUACAGUCUUGAUGAGUAAUAGCGAGGAGGAAUCAUUCAAAAAAAUGGUCUUGAGUGUCUUAUCUACUGUAAAUUCUUAUGAUGUCAAGAAAGAGGCAAUAUUCUGGGUCCUCGAUUCUCCAUUUCUCUCCAAAUCAUUCAAGGAUUUUGUUGCUAACUUUAAUGAAAAUAGCUUGGCGUUAAAUGCCUGCAUUAAGUUGCUGGAAUACGACUGGCCUAAUUGGUUAAGACCCCAGAGAUUCCGUGAUAGAGAAAUGGCAGUUUCAAAAUUGCUAUUUAUUGAUGUUUUAUUUCCAAAUAAUAUUAGUCAUGUCAUAUACAUGUCACCUAUUGGACCUUUCCUAGAUCCUAUUCCAAUUUUAGAAGAAGUCAAACAUAAGAAGACGCCAUUUAGUUUGUUUAAAAUGAAGGGAAAUGGAUAUUGGAAUGAAGGUUACUGGAAAAAAAUGUUGCAGGAUAAUGGACUUUCUUUCUACUCUAUUGAACCAAUAUUCGUAAUCAAUAUAAAGCGUAUUAGAGAAUUGAAUGCAGGUGAUAAAUUGAGGCUCCAUUACCAAAGACUUUCUACUGACGUAAAUUCGUUGUUAAAUAUAGAUCAAGAUUUGAUAAACAAUCUGCAAAUAGAAGUACCAUUAGGAACAUUGAAAGGAAAAGCAAAGAUUACCUUGCAAAAUGAUGACCAAUACAUAGUAAAUUGGUUACGAGAGCUUAAUAAGGUAAGAAAAGUAGUAAAUGCUGAAAAUUCCGGUAUUUUCCAACAAGGAACAUCCGAUAUGGCUGAGGAAGAUGAUUUGCUGUUCGAGCAUGAUGAAUUGUAA